UAUUAGUGAGGUGUCCUGAGCAUUAUACAGUGGAACCUCUCUAAUACAGACACCAAUGGGACAGAAGAAAGUGUCCAUAUUAGUGAGGUGUCCUUAUUUCAGGUGUUAGAAACUUUUCUUGGAGAUAGGGAAAGAUAUCCUUAUUAGAGAGAUGGCCUCGUUCCUUAGAGGGCGGCGUUCUAUAUUACUGAAAAUGCUCUGAGUCCCAUCAUUUGUCCCACCGAAAUUGAUCGAGUUCUUUGCAUUUCUGACCCAAUUGCCGACUAAUGAUUCGUGUGGUGUUGGUUGGCAUAAUGUGUGUCCUGCUCUGUUCCAAUCUCCAGCUGAACUGAAGAGUGUCCCUGGAUACUACAAUGUCAGCAAAGAAAAGGCUCGAGAGCUGAUAACUCCACAUUCAAACAGAAACGGGUUUUACCUGUUGAGACCGAGUGGGGACAAGCAAGGAGCGGUACUCUGCACCAUAUGCGUCACACAUGAUUCAAAAGUCCUCAACUACAGAGUGUCUAUGGACCGCCGCAGUAGGACCUACUACGUCAACCAGACGGUCCAGUUCAACACCAUGCAAGACCUCAUCUCCUACUACUCCAAGAACAACCUCAACGAGGCGACUGGUACCAGACUUGUCACACCGGUUGGAGGACAGCCUCCCACCCAGAACGGCUCAGACGACUGCUACGUCGUCAUGGAAAAGCACGAUACACAGGGCCCUCCUGCCUCCCUCCCCCAAUCAAAGUCUACUGGUAGAAAGUUUAGAAACAGGCCCCUCCCCUCGGCCCCUGGCCCCGCCCUCGUCCAACCCACACCCGUCCCCGCACCUGUACCCAAGAAACCACGCCCCUCGGGUAAAAACCACACCCCCACGCACAAGAGCCAUGCCCCACAGAGCCAGGAGGUCCCAGGCCUCCAUCGGAACCUUAUCAAGCCACUGCUGAAGAUGGCGAUGCAGCCGUACAUCGCACAAGACGGCUGGUUCCUUCUUCGACCCUCGUCCACCGACAAUCAGCUCACGCUCACUGUCAGCCACGGCGGCAAGAUCCUGAAUUUCAAACUGAGCGAGAAAGGAGGGCAGUACUCCAUUGCACAGAAGAACAAAUUCCCGACAGUUCAUGCGUUGAUAGUUCACUACUAUUCCAACCCCAUCCGUAGCAAGCAGAGGGCGGAUCAGACCAUUCUGCUGAUGAACCCCAUACCGGUCGACCCUCAACUGGAGGCCACAGCUAAAGAGAUGGCAGCUCAGUCCGAGGUUCAGCAGCAACCUCAAGUGGGUGUGGCCUCGCCUGGCGCUCUCCCUCACCCCUGGCAACAGUUCUACAACGACCAGUACCAGAGAAACUUCUACUACAACCCUGAGACCGGAGCCAGCACUUGGGAGGUACCCAUGGCACCGCCCACCACGCCCAAACCACACCCCCAGCCACAGAUAGCGGAGCAGACGAAGCGUAUACAACAACGGCCACUCCCCUCGUUACCCGGACAUGAGGAAGUUGAGCCAGAACCUGCAAACCCCUCCCCCAGCGUGAUAAAAAAACGGCAGACUAUGCCUUCAGGAAGCGCACGCCCGCAGUCGGUCAAAAAGAAAGGGGUGCCUCUUCCUUCCUUGCUGGAGAAAACGACAGAGCAGAGUAUGGCAAACGGUUUUCACCCCUUGCAAGGAGGGGACAGGCCGCCCGCAGUUCUCCCGGGACAAGUCGAGUCUCCUCACAAUACUGCCAGCUCAGAAGGACCUCCCACACUUCCUCCGACUAACAGGUCUCGUCGACACGCCUCCGUUUGUGCGGCAACGAGAGGGAGACCCCCGCUCCCGACACCAGCAGACGAAUAUAAUCAACAUCCGUCCGUUCUCAGAUCGCGUCGCAGCGCGAGCUACCUCCGUUACCCCUGAAAGAGGAAGAGGAGAGAAAGCCUGUUCCUCCCCCACUCCCGGUCAAGGAAAGUCAGCCUGCUGUUCCUCCCCACCACCCCUCCCCUGCUCCGUCUCCCAAACACAUCCUACCUCAGCACCAGCAGCCGGUCGAAGCUGGCAUCGCCAGAAAGCCCCGAGCCAAGGUGAUGGAGUAUGAAGAUGCUCCAGCAUUUAAACCAAAGAGGAAAACUGCUCCUCCGCCACUUCCCAACAAGGAGGCGGAGCCAGUUCAGCUGAGGCGGAGCCCACCAGGGAGAGGGGUCCGCCUCCCCCUCUUCCGGAAAAGGAGACGUCGAGCGUUUGGGCCCCUCCCCCUCUCCCUGAGAAGGAAACUCUUCCCGCUGCUCCCAAGAUCGCAUCUUCUCCGCCCUUUUCACCCUUCCACACUCCGCCCACUGCCACACCCACUGCACCCGUCCCACCUCCCCCGCCUGCAGUAGGCGGUCCUCCUCCGCCCCCACCUCUGGGGAUUCCCCCACCUCCCUCUCCAAUGACUCCACGAUCACGUGACACGCGUAGUCACUCUGAGGCGACCGAAUCGGGCAGUCGCCCAUUCAACGCCAACGAUCUCCUGGCGGGGGCUCAGCGACUGAGGAAAGUAGAGGUCAACAACCAGGAGCAGAUGAAGACAGUUCCGGAGGUUGGGGGAGGGUUGGAGGGGACCCUCAACAGAGCCAUCACCAACAAGUUCAAGAACGUGCAGUACUCCGAUUCGGAGGAAGAGUUUGAUGACGUUGAUGAUGAUGAAGAGUGGGAUUGAUGUAUAUAGGAAAUCCUUAAAUCCUUACUUCCUCUUCUCCUUUCUGGUUCUUACUAUUUGUGACUCACUCACUACUCUCUCUCUCUCUCUCUCUCUCUUCAUGUGUUUGUCUCUUACUUCUUUCUCCAUCUCUUCAUCUCUUCUCUCAUCCAUCUUGGUCCAAAAUUUUUUUAUGUGCCCCCCACUCCCUUCCCUCCCAUACCUAGUGGUUGUGUUGGCCACAUAAGCACACUAUCGCAAUGUUACCAUGUUAAUUGCUUUUGUGUAUAAUUAAUUAUGUAUCAUCAUCUCAAAUCACGUUUAAUGCAUGUUUGUGUGUGGGUCUGUGAGCUUUUCAAAAACGUACAGUAUGAGCUUUGUGUUUAGGAGAAUGACGAUUUUAUUGGAUUUGAUGUUUGUCUGACAUGAUAUCACAUUUCGUACAAAUCAGAGCGGAAGUCGAGAGUCUAUAAUAUAGCGAUGUAGUCUGGCAUUUCUCUCUAGUCCUCUGCUGCUGCCCACAUUCCAGAAUCUCACAAAAUUCUCCGUGCAGAGAUCCAUACUUUCGUUCCAGACACAGAGCCCAGACCAGAGGAGUGACACAAACACCCCGCUCCUCGCUCGCAGACAGCAACACUUCGAUCGUGAACGGAUCUCUCUCCUCACUUGAUAGAGGUCUGCGGCUGCAAUAGUCGAUGCAGUUUCGCAAUCGCCUUUGAGAUAAGAUGGACAAAUGCAAUGGAUGUGAGCGUAGUGUUGGCUCUUUUGGCGAGCUGAGCUGAGCGCUCUGAUGGUGCAUCUCGAGCGUGAUACGUCCACAGCUGCCAGCUUGACGUACACGUGGCACUUCUAAAUUGUUGUACGGACCGGUUCCCCAUCUCUAGCGUCAUGUGAGGGUCAGCCACAUGAGGUAGGCGAGUGCUUGAAGUAAAAAGUAAAUACGUGCCGCCCUUCCUUUGCUCCCUGCGUCAUGCAAGACAUACACCCGACGUCUAUUGUAGAGACGAGGUCAGAGGGGAGAUCGAGAUCGAUGAGCAUUUUCAUGAAUUUACGGCUGUAGUCUCAGUCGACCUGUGACAGUAAUACUCCCGACCGAGGUGCAGGAACAGGACGCGCGGCAUUCCUCUCCAUGGUUCUCGCGCCUUGAUGGAGAAUGGCCGAAAUCGCCUGAUCGUGCUCGCCCUGCGGUCGACAACGACACGCCAAACGCGAGGUGUGCGGUGUGCGCAAAGUUCCGUCGAGAUCAGAGCCCGUGUGAGGUACACUCUCCGCGUUCUGGUGGUUCUGUAAGGUGAGUAGUAGCACAGCUGACCCGUGAACAAGCAAGAG